UGACUCUCCUUUGCUAGAACGGAGUGGAACAAUCAGCAAGUCAAGGGGUGGAAACUGUCACGUUUGGCAACAUUCACGGGAUGAAGCGGCCCUUAAGCCCAUGUCACUCCCCUGGGAGUGGCAUCUGUGUGAGCCUCACAGAGAGCCCUGGCAUAGGAUGUCUGCCAGAGCAGCGCUCAAAAAGGGAGAAAAAGCACCCAUCAUUCACCCUUUGCGAGGUGUGUAAUAUCCAGCUCAACUCAGCUGUGCAGGCUCAGAUCCACUACAAUGGAAAGUCACACCAGAAACGCCUCAAGCAUCUCAACAAGGGCAAAAUCCCAACAAGUCAAGGCCCAGCCAGCCACAACAGCUCCCUCUUAACAUCACUUCCGAUCCCAGGGCGGUCUCUACAUUCACCAUUGGACAUCAAGCAUUUCCUGACCUUCCGCCUCAAUGGAACACCCCCACUCAACCUUUUCCCCAACUUCAACACGGAAUUUGAUGGUGAAUCGGUUCUGCAGAAGAUGGAUCCAGUUCAGAAAGCAGUGAUCAACCAUACCUUUGGUGUUCCCAACCCACUCAAGAAGAAACAGUUCAUCUCUUGUAAUAUUUGUCACCUAAGAUUCAACUCUGCGAAUCAAGCUGAGGCACAUUACAGAGGCCACAAGCAUGCCCGCAGACUCAAAGCCAUUGAAGCAGCGAAAAAUAAGCACAAAACAGCUGACAGUAACAGCAGCCAAGAAAAACCAGCUGACUUUAACACCGCACUAGAUCUCAGUGGAGACACCAGCAGCAGCAAUGGAGCACAACCCAACGGCCUACUCAGCUUGAACCAGCCAACAGCAGACAACUGCAGCCUCAUGAUGAUGUCCCCAUCAGAGGAGUCAUCUGCCAAGCUAGCUAGUGGCAUUCUGCCCCUAGUUUCCCCACCAGCUUCAGAGCCCUCAGAAGGUGCUCCAGACACUGCAAGUCUGGCGUCAUCAUCUGCAGCCCCUGGAGCUGAGACUCCAGCCGCUGAAUCAAGCCAGACCACCAGCUCAGCACCAGAAAUGGAGAAGGAGGGGAAGAAAAACAAGCAACAUCUGUACUGUCCAACUUGCAAAGUGACAGUGAACUCUGCCUCUCAGCUGGAGGCACAUAAUUCUGGGGCAAAGCACAAAUCAAUGCUAGAAGGCCAGGCCAUUUUGCCAAGGCGAAGUAGGGGAAAGGUUCUCUCUCGAGUGGGGCACAAGCCCAAACGGAUCGGCAGCAAAGGCAGCCUUGGCAUCCAAAACAAGGCCUUCCAGUGCCAGGUGUGUGAGAUCUUUGUCAACUCAGAAACCCAGCUCAAUCAGCACAUGAGCAGCAGGCGGCACAAGGACAGGCUUGCAGGGAAGCCUCCCAAGCCCAAGUACAGUCCCUAUAGCAAAAUGCAGAAGAAUACGGCCCUGGCAGUGAGUAUUCUCAAGUCCAAACUGGCUCUCCAGAAGCACCUUACGAAGACUUUGGCUGCACGAUUCCUGCCGAGCCCCCUCACCCCGGCCACCAUGUGUGCUCUACCUAGCCCGCUAACACUUCGACCAGCUGCCACGACCCUCUUCCAAGCUCCCAUCUUUGGACCAGCGCUUUUCCGAACCCCCCCAGGCCCAGUGAGAGCAGCAACAGGCCCUAUCGUCUUUGCCCCCUACUAGAGAACUUCGGCUCCAGUUACUUCACCAGUGCAGUGAAAAACAAGGGAAGAGUACAUGGGAAAUUCGGGAGGGAUGGGUGUCUUAAUAAGGCUGUGUUUGGAAUCAGAAUCCUUCAACUGUUUUAAUGAGCCAUCGUUUCGUUUCUGUCUGUUUUCUACCUGAGUCAUUAACUGGGAUAGCACUUUGUUGGAAGGUAUUCCCACUCCACCCCACCUCAAAUUUGUCUUCCUGUUAACUUUUCACAAUCCACAGCACAAUCCAUUUUAUCCAGAUGGUGUGGUGGAAAAGAAAUGUUUGUAACAUUUAGGUAAUUAGAACACCUUAAAAAUGCCAUUUUACACAGGAUAGCUGUGAUCCAGCAGUCAGAACGAUUUCAGUAAAUGAGAAUUUGUCAGUGGAUAGCUGAGGGCCAAACCAGAUAUAAUAUGAGGAUUUUGUGAUUGGAGCACCCACAUCUUUUCUUUUUCAAAAAGCAGAUGUUUGGUGGUCAGAUCUGGAUAGGAUCAGGGGAUCAUAACCCUUUUCCUGAUGCCUUGGCUCUGAUUCAAUUCACACAUAUCCCAUCCCCAAAUCGCUGCUUUUUGAAGAAACAAGACAGCAAUAAAGAACAGCGAUAUCAUGUCUAUUUGCUCUAAUAUGUUCCCAGAGAGAUACUGUUGAAGAUAGAAUUAUCUUUUUUUAUAGAGAGAGAUACUGAGAUAUGUCUAGUGAAGGAACUGAGAUGGUCUUCAGUUCAAGAGGAAGAAAAGCAUGGAGGGAGUUAUGGCAGUGUGCAUAUUUCUCAUGCCAAAAAAAAAUUAUUCUGGAAAAAAAUAUUGUGAUCCAAAUCCUGCUCUGUUUCUAACCUUAAUGUUUAAUCUCAAAAUGAAAGCAAAACUGUGUGAGAGUGGAUCUCCAAUUCUAGUCCUUGAUUUGGGUGAAGCAAGGGUGUCUGGGGGUAGGGAGAAGUGAUAUUGCAUACCUUUGGCCAGGGGAUAGAUACAGGCAAAAUCCUGACUUUUAAAAUCUUUUUAUUAUUAUUGUUUAUAUCUCCAGCUUUGGAAAGAGAGUAUAAUUUACAAUUUGUAUGUCUUGGGGCAAAUGAAAAGUCAGAGGUAAGAUUCUCUCAGAUCCUAGAGCCAUUUGCUUUAUUUUUUUACUUACUGUACAUGGCACUCUUGCUUGUCCCAGAUACAACUUUUACUUGGGUGAACAUUGUAUGGUGUGAAGGGAAGACAAGAGACUAUCAGAAUAUACUGAAUCUAUGUCAAGAAGCCAGGAAUGCCUGUCACAGGUCCUUGAGUGUUCAGUGGUGCUUCCUUCAUGUUGUCUGUUUGCACAACAUUGUAGCAUGGAUUAGCGUUCAAGUAGAGUCUAGCUGGAUGCUGUUGGGUGGGGAAGAACAUUAGUGCCUGUAUUCAUUGACUGAAAGGCAAAUGUUAGGGCAUUUUACAAUUUGGUGGACAAUUUGUGGCCCUCCAGAUGCUAGGCUGUAACUCUGAGUAAGCAUAAGUUGUGGGUGGUGGGAAUUGCAAUCCCAAAACUGUCUGGAAGACCACAUUUCUCCAACUUUGAAGUAGUAGAUCUUGUUGAAGUGUGGUGCUACUUAGAUAUCAUCUUUUAGGUGUAGAAUCCAUCAGAUGGGAAGCCAAUCCCAUUGGGACAACUUAACAACACCAGUCACAGUGUGAUGUGAUAUAUUUUUUUUGUUUGAUUUAGAGUUGGGUUUGUUGGGAGGGGUUGUAUUCAUCACAGAUAUUUUCUGGAACAAUUCCAUUCUUGCUUCAAAUUGGGUCAUUAGUCCACAUGUUCCUAACCAAUUAACCAUGAGCUUGAAGCAAGGGCCUGCAAAGCACAUUGCUCUAGAUUAUGUGUUUUGCAGGCCCCUGCUUCCAGUUCAUGGCAUGCUAGAUGGUUUAGAUUACUUCAGCAUAGGCAACAAUCCACCUGAUAAAGCCCAGGGGCACAGAAUAUUUUGUUGUCCAGAUGUUUUGGACUACAGUUCCUAUCAUCCUUUACCACUGCUACCACAGCUGGGGUUUCUGAUGUUCAAAACAUGUAGAGGCAAAAGUUCCCCACCCAACUGUAUUGAAAGCAAUGGUGGGAAUAACUCUCCAGCAUUAUAGCAUUUUGAUACCACUUUCACUGCCUUUUCUCUAUUCAGUGGAUCCUUGGGGGGGUUGUAAUUUGGUGAAGUAUUUAGAAUUUUCAACCAGAGAGCUCUAGAGCCUCACCAAACAAGAAGCCCCAAAAUUCCAUAGAGUAGUGCCAUGUAAGUUAAAGUGAAGUAUAGUGCUAUAGUUGACUGAUGUGAAAGAGACCUGAACUAAUGCAGUAAUCAGAUGAGUACAAAACGUGAUCGAAAACUAUCUGCUCCUGCUGUGGCUUCCUUGGGAGAUGCCAUGAACUAGAUGGCCAACUCUUCCAGGUUUUUGUCUGCUUCUGUUUCUAAUCAUCUCCGAUACCCUUAAAAGAAACAGGAGAAUAGUAGCUUGGGCGAUCAUUUGACUGUGCACACCUUUUAGCAAGUUGACACCAAGCAUUGUGUUGAAAUCCAUCUUAAUUUGUUCUUGGUCACUUGAACAGAUCUAUUUUGCUGUUUAAGGAGAUCCUGUGUGUCAGUUCAGAGUCCUUGCGAUACUCCAGGAAAAGAAAGGCAGUGGAAAUACAUCUUAUUUAAGCAGCAAAUGGUGAGGGACAUAUGAGAGAUAUAAACUCAUUUUUGAAAUCAAUACCUAUACUGGAUAUUGGGUAUAUGUGUUAUACUUAUACUGGAUAUUGGGUAUCCUAAAAACUGGAGUGCAGUUUUGGCGCAGCUUCUGGACUCUUGGGAUGCAUGUAUCAUUUAAACAGAAUACCUCCAAAGUGACCCAGAGCAGCUUUAUUUUGGCCAGUCUGUAUGGGGCCAUAGAUAAUCAGGUUACUGAGUAGUGACAGCACACAGUAGUAAAUACUGUAUUCUGUCAGGAAUAGAAGCAGGAUCAGAACCCUUUACAACAAGCCAGAGAUUCACAUAUUAGAGAGAGAAUCCUCUAAAAAUAUUUUUGUCCUUUUAAUUUUUCCAUGCUCCAUUUACCAUAAUUAUCUUCAAUCUUGGAGAAUCUGCAGAGCUUGCAAAAGAGAGUAAAUUUGUUCUAGCUCCUCAUUGUGAUGGAUGCAGAACAGAUCAGACCGAAAGCUAUAAGGCUGCUGUAGUUCAUAACCCACUUGAUCCUGCAGCCUCCUCUGCAUCCUUCCACACUUUACACCCUUCUUGAAGCUUUUCUACCCACUCCCAGCCAAAUGGUAGACUUGUUACUGUUGUGCUGAUCCACCUCCCUGUUCAGCCCAGUAAUGUCAUGCUGUAAGCCAGUGACCAUGCUGGCUAGGGGAUUCUGGGAGGUGUAGUCCAAAAAAGUAGCUUUCCCAAAAAUUGAAAAUAUGGCAUGAUUCCUUAAGGGGGCGGGGGGAGCAUGUCAAAAGAGAGAAAGAGACAGAGAGAGAGAGAGAGAGAACUUCCUUUGGGACUAUUAGACAGUGCAGACAAACAGUAUUAGAUGAGCAUGAUUUCCAUGUUUUAUGUGUUUUUCAGAACCAUGGAGUUCCUAAGCAUUAACUGGACUAAGUAAAGCAAUACCAAAGUGGUAUUUUCUUUCACUGCCUUUCCAGCUUCUUAACAAACUUGAGUCCUACAAACUGAUUAACUGAAAGCUCCCUUAAAUAGAAGCACACUUAACAAAUGCUCCCCAGAAGAAUGUUUGCUGAAAUCAAAUUGACAAGGUGGCUAGCCACACAAUCAAAUCAAUAGCCAUUCUCAUCUAUGCAAAAUAUUAAGGGAGUGGCUUGAUUCUUCUUUGACUUUUGUGCCUCUUUCUGAUUCAUGCAGUGGUUUUUUUUCUUACACAGAUGACAGAACGUAAAAUCUGCGUAAACUAUAUGUACACAUGAGACAAAAUUCUUCCUGCAGUGACCUUAUAAUUACCUGUUGUGAAAUGCUCCCUUUCCACCCCAUGCUGGUAACAUUCAUUGCUAUUUAUUAUAUACAGAAUCAAACAUAUGUAGACCAGCAUCCUGUUAGUGACAUUGCAAGCAUAAGUCCAAUGUAUACCUAUGUAUGUCUCCAUUUUUUGUCAUUGUAGAGGUUGAUAUUCUCUUCUUUCCUCUGACCAAAGUGCCCCAGGAUUCACUGUUUCACGGCAAGAGGCAUCCAUGGCUAUUCAGUGGAUGAUGGAGAGAGGGGAUGGGUGGGAAGGUGCAUCAGAAAAGUGUCUGACAAUCUAGAAUGGAUCCCGUGCAGAAACUGGAAAAAAGUGGGUAGAUUUUAGACUAUGUCAGGGGUUAACUCGAACAGAAAGUGGACAAAGCCCACAAAAGCGGGUUGAUUUUCACACGACAUAAGGGUUAAUGUUGCGUUAUUGCUUAAUCAUCCUGACAUGUCUAAAACUCAACCCACUUUUGUGGGGGGGUUUUGAGAUUUUUAAAUCCCAUUUCUGCACGGGAUCCAUCCCAUGUGAUAAACUUCACAGAAUAAUUAUAUUAUCCACUGAGACCAUUGGAGGAUCCUAGCUCUCAGUAGAUUAUUUUUGGUCAGAAAAUGUUCAGUCCAAAGAACCAGAGAGUGCAAAAACAGCAUUGAGAACACCAGGCGACCCUAAAUUAACAUUUCUCCCCCUCCUCAAAAUCCACUUUAACUAUUACAGCUGUCUUCACCUGUAGGAUGCUAUCACAAAGCUCUUUCUUAGUCUGCUUACUAUUUAGUGCUGAAGGGCAGUUGAACAGAAGCAUUCAGCAGAGGCACUGCCCUCUAGGGGAAUCAUGUAUGUCUAAAGAGUUCAGCACAUAACCCACAUUAGCCUUCAUAGCCAUAUUGGCCAAGCAGCAAAAUCCCACAAACUCCAAAAUCCACAAAACAAUGAUACCUCUAUUGGGACAACUAAAAAGCUUAUUUUUAGUUGGGCCAACUACAGGGCCAACUAAAACUAUUGAGCCAACCUCCUUAUUUGGCCACUAAAGGUAUCACUGUUUUGUGGAUUUGGGAUUUUGUUGUAUUCCACACAAGGUUGUUAUACAUUAGGUCACCUUCCAAUUUCCAUUUGCUCCUGAAUCUACUUCCCAGUUCUACAGUUGUAAUCCCUGGAUUUGGUUUUCAGGAGCACCUGCAAGAGCUUGCAAUUCAAUUGUCUGGAUAGUUUCCUUACAAAGCUUUACCAGAAACUGUCCAGACAAUUUAAUAGUAAGGUAUACUGGAAGGCUCACAGCUGCAACAAACCUGAAAGAAGUUGAAUUUCUUAUGCUGAGAAGUGAGGGCUGUGCCAAAGAACAGUGGGAUGGUUCUGUUCCGCAGGGAUGUAGCCAAGGGGGGGUUCUUGGGGUCCGGACCCCCACCCUUCCAUUAGAAAAAAGAAUGGUGUGUGCUGCUGUGCUGCCACACCCAAGCCCCAUUAUAAUGGUGUCACUUAGUCUGGACCCCCCCCCCUUCCUAAAAUUCUAGCUACGUCCCUGUGUUCAGUUUGUGACAACAUGAGGCUAUUGAUAAGAACUGCUGGGCUUGCAAUAUCUUGAUUUUGGAGUUUUAUGGUUGCUUCUCCUCUUCUCAUCCCUCAACAAAAUCUCCAGUCAGAAAUUGGACUGAAUUAUGCAAACGUUCAUUAGUUUGCUUAGCUUGUUGUUCCAUUUGGAACGCACAUGUUUUUGUGUAGCUUUCAUUUCUGGAACUUGCAAUUUGUUUGGUGUUUUAUGCUACCAAUAUUUUGUUGCAGAAAGAAAGACAGAGGGGUGGGAAAUAAUAAGGUUUGGCAGACAGUGCCUGUGGAUGCCCAGGAAAGAUAAGUGGAAUCAUCCAGAUGCCAUCUGCAAUUUUCAAAUACUACUCUCAUAUUCUCUCUCUUCCUACCCUGCCAUCUCCAGAAUCUUGCUCUUGCUUUUUGUUAAAAGAUAGCUCAGCUUCUGAAACUUUGUAGUAGCUAUACACUGUAUAUUAUAGCCAUGCAUUCCUUCUAGAAACAGUAAUCUUGAUCUUUCCAGAUUUCCAUGAGUGCACUGGCUGAGAUGUAAGUCACAUUAAGAUUUACCCCCUGGUAGUUUUAUUCAGAGUUCCCACCCUGUUGGUGACUUAUUUUAAUGGGAUGAGGACUAUUGGAUGUAAAAGAUUAAACAUUAUAACAGGUUGCAAUAACAGCAAUUUUAUAAUUUUGUAAGAAAAUGUGGAAUACCCAGGGGCCCACUCACACUACAAAACUAUGGUGCUGUUAACUGCCAUGGUUCCAUAUUGUAGAAUCCUGUGGCUUUCAGUUUGCUGAGGGCCUAGAUCUCUCUGACUGAAGAUACUAAAUGCUCUUCCCUAAACUACAGAUCCUAGGAUUCCAUAUGAUGCACCCACAGCAAUUAUGGUAAAAUCAUAGCUCGGUGUAGUGUGAGUGGGCCCCAAGUCUACAGAACUGUAAUAUCGAAUUCAGUCCAAAACCCUAUUUUUAACUAUCUUGAGUUAUUGCAGGCUAAUCCAUUUUCCCAUCAAAUCUUAAUACUGUUUCAAGGAUGUUCAACAUCCCUUUGAAACAAGAGUGGGAACUGGGCAGACUUGCCAAGGUCAUUGAACUACAGCUCCCAGUAUUCUUCACUAUGGUUGGUUAGGACUGCUGGGGCUUGCAAUCCAACAACAUCUGGAAGGCUGCAUAACAAACCCUACCCCCUAUACACACACAUUAAAACGAGUAAUGGACUGAACUUUAAAGAUAAUCAGAUGGAUAGGUCAACUAAGGGCAUGUCUACACAGGCCAAUUGAAGCAGUUUCCCACCACCUUCUUUGUGACCUGUCUUCACGAUGCAGGACCAAAUCCCUGAUUUGAAUGAGGAUUGUCCUCACAAUGCAAGGCCAAUUCCGCAUCAGAUUUGCCCUUUACCUGCCUUAAACCAGAUGAACAUAAUUUACCUUUCAAUCCAGAUUUUGCAGGAAACCCCAGAGCACUCUGUAGUGAUGCCAAGUCGCUGUUUAAACAUUUGUCCCACAGUGCUGACCAGCACUGCUUCUACUGGUGCAAGUUACUCCCUCUAAGGCCACAAUGCUGAUCUGUGUUGGUCACCUUGUUUCUGAUCUCAAAGGGAGUGACUUGUGCCUGUGGUGGUGGUGCUGGGCAACACAACAGGAACACAUAUGUAAACAACUGUCCAGCAUCAGUAUUUAGUGCAUAGGUAAUGAGGAAAAUCCAGGACAGCUUCAGCACUAGAAGACUCCAGGAGCAGCCCAAAGUAUUCUGGCCGGUGUAGAUGGUGUAGAUGAGCCCUAAAAAAACCUUUCUGACUGAGAUCAGAUGGAGGGCCUGUUCAGACAGGCCAAAAUAAAGCUGCUUCAGGUCACUUUAGAGGUAUGCUGUUUAAAUGAUGCAUGU